GCCGCGAGCAGCCUGGGGAGGGACGCGGGCGGAACAGAGCUCGGAGCGCUCGCUGCCGGAGGGUGAUGGCCCUGCGAGACUGCGGGCUCCGACCUUACCCGGAGUCGGCGGCGAGAGGCUCGCGGAGGCGCGGGGUUCCGGGCGAGCGCUGAGCUUCGGCUCCAACAACCCCCGAGCUUUACCAACUCCACGUCCAAGGACCCGGACGAAGGCUGGGAUCCGCUCUCGCUUUUGCUGCUCGCCGUCCUCCAGAUCAUGUCCGCGGCUCCCGGGAUUCCGCUCGGAAAAAGAAGUUUGCCCCGCGUGGACCCAAUGACCUUUCCGAGCUCCGCGCCUCACCACCUGGGCCGGGUCUGAUCGGCGCUGCCCGGGCGGACCCUUCAGAGGGAGGGAAAGCACUUAACUGUGAGUCCCGCACCUGGGGAGCUGCCCUCAGAGGCAAGGCCCAGGUCCGCAGUGCUGGCAGAACCAUUGCUAAAAGGCAGCUGAAGUGGGCAAAGGUGGGCCCACCCUGAAUGCAGGUGAGGUGUCCUGGGGAACCUGGGUCUGAAAUCAGACCUCUCUGUUGUUAUUUGGGGGGCAGAGAGAUGCGAGUGCUUGCACCCUGCUUAGGCCCCAGGCCGCCCACGUCUCGGAGCAGAUCAACGACCCUCCUCCUGGCGGUCAAAGACGCACUGUACCUCCUCGAACGAUCGCUGUGGCUCCUUGGCUGCCCCUUUCCUGUGCCUCCUCAGGGCGCCUACUCGCCCCUCCACUCCUCUCUGUUCUUCCCCGGAGGCCUCGCCGGUGCAGGAGCGGCUCCUAAUGCCAGGCUGGGAAGCCGCUCCGGCCUCCCGAGAGCUUGGCACUCAGUCUGGGAGAAGGGGUUCGGGCCUCAGGGAGGUUCUCCGCCCACCCACCCCUAUUCCACACCACCGCAACUCACCCCCUGGGAGCCUGAACCAUCUGGAAGGGAUCUUGGUGGGGGGUGGGAGGGAACGGCCCCUGGGAAGGAGGAGGGGGCAAUUCCAGGCUGAACCCGGCCCCCGAGGUGUCACUUUUCUUUCCUGUGGCCCGUCACCGCUGAUAAAUGGGACUGAGGCAGAGGAAGGAAAAAGAAAACCUCCGAGGUCAGCGCGGGGCGAGACUGGCCCCUCCGAGGGCCCGAGGGCCCUGCAGCGCAGAACGCACGGGGGCUGCGCUGCGGCACCCGCGGCGCAGUGGGGGCGCCCACAUAAAGGCUGCUGGGGUGCGGGGCACCCGCUCGCCAGAAGGCCACUUCCUGCCGCGUCUGACACCCUGGCCCCGGGGCCGAGCUCCGUGCUGACUCGCCUGGCAGGCGCUCUGCUGUUCCCUCACCACUCCUUUUGGGGACCCCGGAGUAGAGUGGGGAGGAAGACUUUGAAGGAAGGGUUUGCUCUGCGUGCUGUUGCCUCUCUGGGUUUUCACCGGAGCCCCACGCCCACCUGCCUCCGAGUCCUGGAAGAAAGGGGCGGUUCCCUCCGCCCCCCAACCACCGGGAGAAUGGGGAGCAAGGCCCUGCCGGCGCCCAUCCCACUACACCCGUCGCUGCAGCUCACCAAUUACUCCUUCCUGCAGGCCGUGAACACCUUUCCCGCCGCGGUGGACCACCUGCAGGGCCUGUACGGUCUCAGCGCCGUGCAGACCAUGCACAUGAACCACUGGACACUGGGGUACCCCAACGUGCACGAGAUCACCCGCUCCACCAUCACCGAGAUGGCGGCGGCGCAGGGCCUCGUGGACGCGCGAUUCCCUUUCCCGGCUCUGCCCUUUACCACCCACCUCUUCCACCCCAAGCAGGGAGCCAUUGCCCACGUCCUCCCAGCCCUGCACAAGGAUCGGCCCCGUUUUGACUUUGCCAACUUGGCGGUGGCCGCCACGCAAGAGGAUCCCCCUAAGAUGGGAGACCUGACCAAGCUGAGCCCGGGGCUGGGUAGCCCCAUCUCAGGGCUCAGUAAAUUGACUCCGGACAGAAAGCCUUCCCGAGGGAGGUUGCCCUCCAAAACGAAAAAAGAGUUUAUCUGCAAGUUUUGCGGCAGACACUUUACCAAAUCCUACAACUUGCUCAUCCACGAGAGGACCCACACGGAUGAGAGGCCAUACACGUGUGACAUCUGCCACAAGGCCUUCCGGAGGCAAGAUCACCUGCGGGAUCACAGGUAUAUCCAUUCCAAAGAAAAACCUUUCAAAUGUCAGGAGUGUGGGAAAGGAUUUUGUCAGUCUAGAACUCUAGCAGUUCACAAAACUUUACAUAUGCAGGAAUCUCCACACAAAUGUCCCACAUGUGGAAGAACCUUUAAUCAGAGAAGUAAUCUGAAAACUCACCUUCUCACCCAUACAGACAUCAAGCCCUACAGCUGCGAGCAGUGCGGCAAAGUGUUCAGGCGAAACUGUGAUCUGCGGCGGCACAGCCUGACUCACACCCCGCGGCAGGACUUCUAGAGAAGCCCAGGAUGUGUCCCAUGCCGCCGCUGCUCCCCUCCCCAGACACCUCUCCACGCCUCUCACCCAGGGGUUGCACCCCCCAACCCCUUACAGACCCCAGCUCUUCCCCUGCUGCAGCCCUACCUGCAGCCCCGGGGAGUUAACCCUUCUUCUCGAGGACUGAGAACUGUAGAAAGCCACACAAGUACAUCCCUUCACAAAGAGCAUAUGCUAGUUCUUGUAGAUAUUCACAGCUCAUUUUAGAGCUCUGUACAUAAUGUCGUGGGUCUUUGUUUUGUUGUUUUGUUUGUUUUUGUAUCUUGUUGGAUGCACCUAGAUAUGGAAAAUGGAAGCCAAAUUUAUCUCUAAAGAGUGUAUUUCCAAAAUAAAACUCCUUGUUUGUUUCAAUAUUUCUGCAAAAGUGUCUUGCUAUUUAACUGAUGCUUCUCCUCUGGGUUCUGGAAGAAUAGGAUACCUCCAAAAUAUUCAGUAUAGAGGGUGUUCUCUAUCCCUAAGUUUUUAAAGUAAUACUUUUCACAAUUCUUUUACUGAAGCUUCAGCUCUUCCCUCUCUGUAUUGUGGCAUUUUGGAAUUAGAUGGUUUGGAAUUGGAAUUUUUGUUUUUCGAAGAU